AUGCCCGGACACCUAGUUCUUCACCUCCCUAACAACCCUCCUCACCACCGCAUCCCAAAAAACCCGAGGCUCCGUCUACCUCACCCAGAAACCUUUCCCUACGUCCACCUCCGACGCAACUUCCACACCCACCACCACCACCACCGCCCCUCCAUCCUCAUCCGCGCCACCGACGGCAAUACCAACGCCCCGAACCCCAAGUCCAAGACCAAUUCCCAGCCACAACAAGGCAAGGCCAAGCCCACGCCCAAGGCCAAGCCCUCGAAAGUGAAGCUGUCGACGGUGGUGAGUCCCGACGAGCUGGAGGCGUUUUAUCUGCGCUAUGCGGAGGUGUGUAAAGCGGGGAUGACGGGGCUGAAGAAGAGGGAUCGGAAGAAGGGGAAGGCUAAGGGGAAGGGCGGCGUUGCGAAGGCUUAAGGAGAUGUGUUUGUUUGGGGUUGGUUUUUUGGGGGGGUUGAUUUGAU